AUGCAUGGUGGUAGUAUCCUCAACUGGAUCAAACUGGCUUUGCACCUCGCACAGAUGACACCUCUGCUCACGUCCACCUUUUUUCCAAGAGAACAUGAGUUCAACGCAGCUGAAAAAUACCAAAUCACGCUUGGAACACUCGAUCUGUGCAUGAGCGCCUGCUACGAAGAGAAUGAUUGCACCUUCGUCAAAUACGAUGAGGGUGUAUGCACGAUCUACAUCGAUGGGACUGACGUGCAACUACCCAGUGAUAGAGUGUUUGAAAUAAAUCGCAACCUAACAGAUCCCUCAUGUGAAUGCAAGAUAUCGACACCAAAAGAAAUGGCGUUCAAGAGGAUUGCAGCCAAGACCAGAGAUACAAGACUUUGCAGAGAGACGCCAAAUGAUGUGACUGCUGUCUAUGAAUACGUAAAGGAUUCCCUCCGCUUCUAUUCAACUGAUUCUUCCGGAUUCCUUCCAGGAGGAACAAGACCCAAUUACAACUCCGUCCUCUCUAAAGUGGGAGAGGGGAUCGCGCACCCCGGGAACAUAUUUGCAAGACUGGAGUUCCUAUUUACGAGGAAUCCGGAACCACAAUGCACGGCUGUACCUGUAUUUGUUCGAGCUAAUCACCGCCGGUUGUUCUUUGGGGACGUGUACAACACCACCGGCUACUACUUCCUUAAUGGCUACGUGUAUGCGGAGAGUUGUCGCUGCAUUUCGGGGGAGUGUUGUGGAACGACUGCUGCGACAACUGUAUGCGGUGUUUCCUGCAUUGCAGAAAACGCGUCAGAUAUUGAAGCUGUCAUCAGCAUCAAAAAAUACACCAUAUAUUCCGGCGAUGGUGAUAAGAAGAAAGUAGAAGGUUGCGCGACCGCCGAAGACUAUCACAAGGACGCUUUCUGUGGUGAACUCAACACGUUGAUAUCCAAGACACCCACCCAGCAGACAGUUGUCUUCAGAGCUGAUACGAACACAAAGACGGUACGCGAACAACAGUACGAUGAAAAUGGAAGAUGA